GGCCCCGCCCUCUCGGCCCGCCCUCUCUCCUCCCUGCGCACCGGGCUCCCGGUCCCCGGCCCGGAGGCUGCGGCUUCUGCUCGGGAGGCGGCGGCGGCGGCGGGAGCAGCCAUGGAGGCAGGCGGCGGGGCCGGCGCGGGAGCCGCGGGCUGGAGCUGCCCUGGCCCAGGACCCACAGUAACCACUUUAGGCUCCUAUGAGGUAUCUGAGGGUUGUGAGAGGAAGAAAGGCCAACGCUGGGGGUCUCUGGAGCGCCGUGGGAUGCAAGCUAUGGACGGGGAGGUGUUACUUCCAGCUCUAUAUGAGGAAGAGGAGGAGGAAGAGGAGGAAGAGGAAGAGGUCGAAGAAGAGCAAGUAGAGAAAGGAGGCAGUUUGGGCUCCCUUUCAAUGGGCAAGCAUCGGGGCCUGAGCCUGACAGAGACAGAGCUGGAGGAGCUGAGGGCCCAGGUGCUGCAGCUGGUGGCAGAGCUGGAGGAGACCCGUGAGCUUGCUGGGCAGCAUGAAGAUGACUCCCUGGAGCUUCAGGGGCUCCUGGAGGAUGAGCGGCUGGCCAGUGCCCAGCAAGCAGAAGUAUUCACCAAGCAGAUUCAGCAGCUCCAAGGUGAGCUGCAACAUCUACGGGAGGAGAUUUCCCUGUUAGAGCAUGAGAAGGAAAGCGAACUUAAAGAAAUGGAGCAGGAGUUGCAUUUGGCCCAAGCAGAGAUCCAAAAUCUACGGCAAGCUGCGGCAGACUCUGCCACUGAACAUGAGAGUGACAUAGCGUCCUUGCAGGAUGAUCUCUGCCGGUUGCAGAAUGAUCUCGAUGACAUGGAGCGCAUUCGAGGGGACUAUGAGAUGGAGAUUGCCUCGCUCCGGGCAGAAAUGGAAUUGAAGACUUCUGAACCAUCUAAUCUAAGCAUCUCCGACUUCUCUGGGAUACAAGAUGAACUACACCAUCUUCGGGAGCGCUACAACUUACUGAAUGAGGAGUAUCAGGCCUUGCGGGAGAGCAACAGCAGCCUCACAGGGCAGCUUGCUGAGCUGGAGAGUGAUAGGACACGGAGAGCAACAGAGCGAUGGUUGGAAUCUCACCUGCUACGGAGUACGAUGUCCUCCGAGUCUCAGACGUCAGAACUGGAUUUCCCAGAGCCUGACCCUGUGAUGCAGCUUUUGCGCCAGCAGCUGCUGGGAGCUGAGGAACAGAUGCAGGACAUGCAGGACAAGUGUAAGAACUUGUAUUGUGAAUUGGAAGAGCUACAGCAUCACCGCAGAACCAGUGAGGAGGAGCAGAAGCGGCUGCAGAGGGAGCUCAAGUGUGCCCAGAAUGAGGUGCUCCGGUUUCAGACCUCCCACAGCACCCAGCAUGAGGAGCUGAAGAGCAGGCUCUGUACCCUGCAGCAGAAGUAUGACGCUAGCCAGGACGAGCACAGUGAGCUUCUGAAGGUGCAGAUGCAGCUCGAGACUGAGCUCCAGCAGCUCAGACUCCUCAGAUGCACUCCUGUAGAGAGCCAGAGUGAGAAGGAGUUGAUGUGCCGGCUCCAGAAGCUGCAGGCCCAGCACCAGUGCAGUGUGAAUGAGAAAGAGCAGCUUCUAGAAGUCCAGCAUCACCUGCACGACAAGCUGCGGUGCCACGAGUCAGAGGUGCAUCGGCUCCGAAGCAUGGUGGACUGCUUGCGAGAGAAAAAUGAGAAGAAUUCAGGGAUACACCUCCAGCUUCAGGAGAUGAAGGGAUUGUAUCAGUUCAGCAGGGAUGAGCUGGAGCGCCAGAAGCACAUGUAUGACCAGCUGGAGCAGGACUUCCUGCUCUGCCAGCAGGAGCUGACAGAGCUCAAGUCCAGCCAGUCCCUCUGUGAAGAGAAUGGAAACUGCUCAAACAAGUGUGAUGCUCUGCUGGCCAGACUGACAGAAUUGCAGGACAAGUUCAAAGCCAGCCAGGAGGAGAUUGGGCACCUGCAGAUGGAACAGUGUGAGCUCCUGGAGGACCAGAGGAGGCUGCAGGAGGAGCAGGGCCAGCUGCAGGAAGAGCUGCACAGGCUCACAUUCCCACAGCCCAAAUGUGGCAUCUUGCAGAAGAGUCAGGAGCUGCUUUCAAAGCUGCAAGAUCUGUGUGAAAUGCAGCUGCUCUACCAAAACAUGCAGGAGCAACAGCGAAAGCUGACACAAAACCAGGAGUGUGUACUGAAGGAGCAGCUAGAGGCACACAAGCAUCUUCGAGGUUUCAAAGAGUCUCAUUUCCAGGAAGUGUUGGCGAACCCUCAAGAUGCUAGAGGGCCUAAGUCCUCCAGUUGUGAGAAUAAGUUCAAGGUGCUUAUGGACCAGCUGCAGGCUCUGCAGGUGCUAUAUGACACCAGUCAGAAACAGCAGGAGGUACUGCAGCGGGAGCAUGGGCGGCUCAUGGAGGAGCGGAAGAGGCUGCAGGCUGAGCUACAGCUCUGCAUGGAAGAAAUGCAGGUGCUCCAAACUCAGUCCCCCAUGAUAAAAAGGAGUUUUGAGUACUGCGGGAAGAACUCAGGCAGCAGGGCCCCCAGCACUGAGAACUUCCACAGGAGUUACGAGAGCUCCAUUGAUGAAAAUGAGGGCUAUCAGAAGAGUUAUGUGAGCUCCCAGCCCAGCACUGAAACCUUCCUCAAGAGCUAUGACAGUAGCACCAGUGCCAACGAGGCCUUUGAGAAGAGUUACUGCUCCAGCAGCACAAGUGUGAGCUAUAAGAAGAGUUAUGGCUCUGUCAGUAGUGGUGAGACCCUUCACAGGAGCUAUGCCAGCAGCAGUACUGAUGAGGACCCAGCUGAGCCUGAAGACUUGGAGCACUUUGAGGAAACAGUGGCCAAGGUGCUGACCAAGUUGCAGGCAGUGAAGGCCCUGUACCAAGUGAGCCAGGAAGAGCACUGCCAGCUGCAGCAACGGAUGCACAGGCUGCUGGCCAAGCAGAAGGAGCUCACAGAGGAGCUGCAGUGCUGCGAGAAGGAGCUGAGGGAGUGCAUGGAGAGCCUGGGGAAGCCCCUGCCUCCCCAGAGUGACAAGUGCGAGCCAUCCCCUGCCCCUGAUCCCCCCAUAUUCUCCUUGCCUCUUGUAGGCCUGGUGGUCAUAUCAGCUCUGCUCUGGUGCUGGUGGGCUGAGACAUCGUCCUAACCCAGGCCUUUCCCACAACAGUCUUUAGCUCCUUUCACGAUGGAGAGCUCUCCUUCUCCUGGCUCCUCCCUGAGUGCUUGCAGAAGUCUCUUGGGUUCCUAUGGAAUAAGACACAAGGGCUUCAGCCACAGCCCUUAGCCAGGCUUCACCAUCCCCAUCAGAGUGCAGGGAAGGGACUAUGGCUAGGUUUUCUUGGAAUCCUUGUGUGCCCUGAGCUCUGGCUGGGUCCCCAGUGUACAGCUUGCGCCAGGUCUUGAGGCACUGCCAUUACAAGGCAUUGACAGUUGCUAAGAACCUGACUGAGUCUGUCACCUCCUGUUAGCUUUGUCCCAGGGAGCAAAACAUGACUAGACUUGAGCAUCUUCAGUGGUAAAUAAAGGGUGAUGACUGCCUGCCUGUUCUUCAUGGUUUCUGGGAGGAUCGGAUGAGUUUGUUCCUCUGGGUCUACAUGGGAGAAAGAGCGAGCCUGCUCCUACAAGUUGUCCUCUGAGCUCUAUAUGCACAACCUCCUUCCAAUAAAUAAAUAAUGUAAUGACAUUUUUAAAAAUUAAAAAUGAUUAAUUUUUAAAAUCCAAAAAAAAGAGGCUACCCUCAAAUGGUGUGUGCUGUGUGCCAGGCACUUCUCUAGUCACACUGCGUAUACGGAUAGGCUCAGCCCAGGCAGCAGCAGGCCUCAGAGAAAGCACUUACUACGCCAUUUCACACAUGAAAACUAAACAGAAGAUGACUGAAUCCAGCCAGGAAAUUGUGGAUAUGACUAUAAGGAAUUGGUAUUAACAGUUAUAAGGGGGUACUAGUGUGAAGGGCUAACACGAAGAGGGGGUGGCUCCCUCUUCUCAAAGGAAUGAGCAGCCAACAUUAACAUAUACCUGCAAUCCUGUCACUUCAGUUAGGGAGGCAGGAAGAUGGGAUGUUUGAGCCAGCCUGGGCUGGUCCCUGUCACAGAAAACAAUAAAACCAAGUUCUCUUGUUUCUUAGCUCUUUCUCUGCUCCCUCCCUUACCCCCCACCCCAGCCCACCUUCCCCCCUGUUUUGCCUCCUGGUUUUUUACACAGGGUCUCAUACUGACCCCAAGUUCUAUGUAGGGAGGACAAGCUUACACUCCACCCUCCUGCUGCCACCUCUGGAUCACUGUGAUUAUAUGUGUGGGUUACACUGAGUGUGGGCGUCCUGGGGUCAAGUCCAGGGCUUCAUACAUGCUAGGCAAGUAUUCUACCAACCAAGUUCUAUUCCCAGCACUCGUGUGUUAUCUCUCGACAUUCUGAGCACCCUUCAUUGGUUGCCCCCCGGGAAGACAACACACAGCAGAUUAUACUGUUAUCCUGUUGUGCUUAUGGGGCCUCCCACCUCAGUGGCUCCCUUAGGUGACUAAUAUCAUUGAGUGAGAGUUUCUAAGACCUUUGUGUAUUGUGCACAUAAGCAUCCUUCCCUCACUCUGUACUGUAAACACUUGAUUGUUUGGAGUCCAGAGUUUUUCACUUUUCUCUAUUAGCUGUAGUUUACUGCUGUAGUGGAAGAGUUUUGUGGGGUUUUGUUUGAUUGAUUGUUUAUCCCCACUCUGUGUUUUGGGUUUUCACAAAACUCUUCUUUCCUGCCGGCUUCAUUCACAUCCUCAGGUGUCAAGGCCACCUCGCCUUUCUCCAGAUUUCAUGGAAGGACCCAGCCUCUAGGGGCUUAUCUUGCCAAGUUCUCUUUAUUCAGCAAUUUGGCACUUAAGAAAUGAUCAUAACAGACAGUAUUGAUAUCCUACUCUUUCUGCCUGUCAAGGAAAUCUUGUCAGACAACUUGCUUAAGUGAGCUCCUUAGUCUGUCAGGUUGGUGACACAGCUAGAAGCUUGUGAUUUCCUGGAGCCCAGAAGUUCUGUGGGACACCCAGAUAAUCCGGCAUUGUCUAUGUGCACAUGGACGUGGGACUGUCCAUGGAGCCUUUAACUGUGGCUACAUCUACAGCAACAAAUGACAGUCCCUCCCCCUGCCUCUUCAGUCACUAGAGCUGGCAUCUAGGGUUUUCUUUUGUAGGUUUUGGGACAGGAUCCCACGUAGCCCAGACGGGCUUCAAUCUGGCCCUGCAGUGAAUGCUGGGAUUACGUGUGUGCUCCCAGAGCUGGAGUGAACAUUCUUCCAGCUUGCCCGCUUGUCUUGCGAGGCCUGGCCUAGAGAGCAGGCAGCGGAACUCACUCCUGCUUCCUAGUCUCUACUGUGGAUUAUUUUGUAAUCCACUUCUAACAUUAAUUUUUUUCAUUUUACAUGUUUUGUUCUUAGCAACUAUUCCUAUACAAUUGGGGCUUAUCUCUGCUCUUUGUAAUCAGCUUAACUUUUCUUUGAGAUGAGCUGUUCUUUAAUGGAAUAUGCUAGCUUUAAUGGGCUCUCUUCCAUUUUCUUUUCCUCAAGCCAUCUUCCCCUUGUGCUGUAACUUGUGAUUCAAAAUCCAAGUUCUUUAAGCAACGCAGUGAAAAUGAGCAGUAAAAAUAGGAACUAUCUUUCUUAUUUUUGUGUCUAAGAAUUCUUUUUGUUUGUUUGUUUGUUUGUUGUUUUUUUGUUUGAGACAGGGUUUCUCUGUGCAGCCCUGGCUGUCCUGGAACUCACUCUGUAGACCAGGCUGGCCUCGAACUCAGAAAUCCGCCUGCCUCUGCCUCCCAAGUGAUGCCUAAGAAUUCUUGUUUCCUGAAUAUUUGUUUUUUAUGGUGUGUUCUCCUACCCACGAAUCAUGGGGUUCCCAGCAGCCAGAGUGUUUAGAAGCCUUAUCACACUCAGUGCGUGCUGCAGGUUGUCAGGCCACAACCUGGUGACUGAAAGCGGGGAGCUGGGGUAAGGAGCGCAUUUAUUGGCUUGUGACACUGCUGCUCAGGACCAACAGCAGAUUGCUGAAUUUCCUCGAAGUAACACCAUCUGACACAAGAUCUCUGGCGACCAGUGAUCUCUACUUCACCCUACAAUGCAUUUCAUUGCUUCCUCUCAGGCCCCUUCCCCUUAAUUUAGCUCUCACUUCUCUGUAAAUCCCGUGAGCUAUGCCUGCCUUCUCCAAAGGCCCAGGUUACCUCGCCUCUUCUCACACACCUACCGACAUGAAGAGUCCCUGAAGGUGGGCCUGGAAUCUUGUUGUGCAAAUAGGAACCAGUAUUUGAGACAAGCACAAAUAUGGGGAUAACCUAAGUAACCAUUCAGUGCCCUGCUACAAAGCUAGUGUGCUGGAAUGAAACCACACAGUCUCCGUGAUCACCCUGGAGGUGAGAGAGGCCAAGCCAUAAGAAUGUCCCUGAGGCACGCCCUCUAGUAGGCGGUGACUUCUGGCUUAAGGAAGGAGUUGGGAAGAAGGCUUGGAACUCACUGUUUUUCUUUGGUCCCCACAGAACAUGUUUGGGAUGUGGAAGCCUAUGGUUUUCUUGGCUAUUGCAGCAGUAGCUCUGUAUGUGUUACCCAAUAUGCGACCGCAGGAAUCAGAAUACUACAUGAAGUGAUGGCAGACCUGGACCAGCCCAGAGGGCAGAUCCCCAGAGGCUACCACCCUCACCUUUGGGCAGAAUACACUGUGCCAGAGCCCCAACCCACCUAUGUUUCUCCAUCUCCUUUGCCUCAGCCACUCAGACUGGAAAGGCUUAUGGGAGUUGCUGGCUCUCAACCUCCUGCCUUGUGUAAGAACCUGGGUUCCUUGUAAUUAAAUGUCAGCCUAAUUACACGAGA